AAGGGAGGGAGGGUCUCCGCGCGCUCAGUUCAGUUCUGCAGUUUCAUUGACUUCAACUGAAACUCAGAUGAACUUUGUGUGAUCCUUCUUCUCUUCAGUUUCUUUCACUCCGGUUCACGGUUUCACUGUCUGUCACACAUCAUCCCGGAGCCUCGUGCGCUGUUUCCUCCAGCCGGGUUUUACGCACGAGACUGGUUAACGGGACCAAGGAGCAACAGGAGGUUGAACCGGGAACAAGAAGGACUUAACGGAGACUUUGUGGAACACACGGCGGCUCUAACAUCUGCCUGCCCGGUAGCCCACUGAUUCAACAUCUGGACCCGCAGUCUGACCCGGGAUAUCUGUUGUCUGACUCGGGAUAACGGUCUGUCCUCCAUUAUGUGUCCCUCAGCGGGCAGCAUGUGCUACAGCCUGGUCCUGGUCCUGGUUCAGAUCCUGGUCCUUGUCCAUCCUGCCGCAGGGUACAGUCUGGAUCAGGAGCACAGUCUGGAGUUCAGCGGCCCUCCCUCCUCCAUGUUUGGAUACUCCGUCCUGCUGCAUCGCCAUGGAGACCACCGCUGGUUGGUGGUUGGAGCCCCAGUCGCAAACUCAUCCUCCAGUCCGUCGGUUCGAUCUCCAGGAGCUGUUUUCCGCUGCAACAUCACGGCUGAGUCCCGCCGCUGCCACCACAUGCAUGCUGACGUGCUGGGCUGUGGGAAGACGUGUGAUGCAGAGAGUGAUCACCAGUGGCUGGGGGUCAGUCUGUCCAGACAACCUGGAGACAACGGAGGACACAUCCUGGCGUGUGGUCACCGCUGGAAGAACGUCUUCUACUCAAAGAAAGACGGUCAGAACCACAAGCUACCUAACGGAGUCUGUUAUCGCUACGGCAACGACCUGAGACACGCCCAACCCAUCAUCCCCUGCUACAGAGACCACCAGAGGAAGUUCGGUGAGGAUUAUGGGUCGUGUCAAGCCGGUAUUUCCAACUUCCUGACAGAGGAUCUGAUCAUCAUGGGCGCUCCAGGGACGUCUUAUUGGACGGGUUCAGUUCUGGUCUUUAACACGUCCAGUGGAGGGAUGUCAGUGUACCUGGACGACGACACUGGAGCCGUCAGCUUUGGAAGCUACCUGGGUUACGCUGUUGGAGCCGGUCACUUUUUGAGUCCUGGUACUGUGGAGGUGGUGGGUGGAGCUCCGCAAUACAACCAGAAGGGCAAGGUCUUCAUCUUCGCGGUAGACAACAACAUGCUGCGAAUCGUCUCUGAAGUGGCUGGAAAAGAGCUGGGAUCUUACUUCGGCUCCAGCGUGUGUGCGGUGGAUCUGAACGCUGAUGGUUUGUCGGAUCUGUUGGUCGGCGCUCCCAUGGCAACGGGCAUCACUAGGGAGGAGGGAAGAGUCCAUGUGUACAUCAACCAGGGGCAGGCGAAGCUGUUGGAGGCAGAGUUCCAGCUGAGUGGCAGCGACGCCUACGCUGCCCGGUUUGGAGAGACCAUCGCCGACCUGGGAGACCUGGAUGACGACGGUUACCCCGAUGUGGCGAUUGGUGCCCCACAGGAAGACGAUCUGAAAGGAGCCGUUUACAUUUACAACGGCAGGGAAGAGGGCAUCUCAUCAACUCCAUCCCAGAGGAUUUCUGGAUCCACCCUGGGUCGUGACCUCAGGAUGUUCGGCCAGUCGCUGAGCUCUGGCAUUGACAUUGAUGAUAACGGCUACCAGGAUGUGGCAGUCGGUGCGUUCCUCUCAGACUCUGCUGUGGUUCUCAGGACCCGUCCGGUGAUUCAGGUGAAGGCGUUUCUGACUCUGCCUGAGCAGAUUGACCAGGGGGUGGCGCUCUGCCGGGAACACAAGAAUCCAACUGUCUGCUUCAAUGUUACCGUCUGCUUCAGUGUCAACUCCAGAAAGUUCAGAGGAGCUAUAGAUCUUCAAUAUAAUUUGACCUCUGACCUCCUCCAUAAACCAUCCUUCCCUCAUCGGUUCUUUUUCCAUGGCAACGGGUCAUCCAAUAGCACAAAGGGGCGUGUGAGAGCACGACAUGGGCAGAUCACUUGUACAACACACGUGGCUUACCAAAGGAAAGAUGUGAGGGACAUUUUUACUCCAGUCAAGUUUGAGGUUUCUUACAGUCACAGAGAAACAACCACCCACAGAGCCUCUUCCAAAACCUUCCCUCCAUUAAAACCCAUUCUGCAACAGAGCGCAGGACACCAGAACACUAUCACCAACCAGACUUGGUUUGCCCGUUCCUGUUCGCUGGUGAACUGUUCGACCAACAUGCAGCUGUCAGCUCAACUAGUUUUGCCACAUCAGCAGCAGUACUUCGCUCUCGGCUCUGGACAGACCAUCAUGUUGAAAACAUCGCUGCUAAACUCAGGAGACGACGCCUUCCUGCCGCGACUGACGCUGCGUUUCCCCAACAACAUCCACUACAUUAAAGUACUGCAGAACCAGGACAACGUGGUCAGUUGUGAUGUCACACAGGAAGUCAACAAGACAAUGGCAGGUGUUGACUGCAGCGUCACCAGCCUCCUCCUCUCAGCCCACGCCCAGCUGAAUAUCAGCUUCCUAUUGGACGUCAACCAGAACAGCACACCUGGUGACGUCACUAUUCACAUGAAGACCGGCAGCGAUAACUAUGAGAGGUCGGAGUAUCUCCAUGACAACUCCAUGAGUCUCCUCCUUCCUCUCAAAUAUGGAGUCAACGUCAACAUCCACGGUUUUGUGACUCCCACCUCAUUUGUGUUUGGUGAUGAAGACACGACUCCAGUUGACUGCUACGCUGAAAGAUUCAACUACACAUACAAGGUGUUAAACUCUGGUCCCAGCAGGUCACUAGAUACUGUGGUUGACAUCACACUACCGAAGAUCCUCACACCUUACCGACACAGACUGCUGCAGGUGGUCGACUGGCAGACGUCUCACGGUGUGUGUUCAAUCAGUGACACAACUGUUUCAGUCGUCGAGGACUGUGACGUCCCUCAAGCUUCCUUCAUCAAACAGCUCGUCUUCUUCUUCUCCUCCACCUCCACCCGCAGAAUGUUUUGUGGCCGUGGUGAUGAGCUGUGUGAGCGGUUGGUGUGUCGUCUUGGUAACCUGGAGGCGGGGAGAGAUGCCUUCAUCCAACUGGAGAUAAAACUGAACCCUGCUGUACUACUGCAAGCUCCGGGUCGUCAUGGUGUCAUGAGGUUGGAGAGCACAGCGAUGAUGUCAAAUCCCAAAGAAGGUCCUCACACCAUCCUCAUCCCCGAACAACCUGCAGCACAGGUGGUGGUGGAAGCUCUUUUUACCCAGAAACCCUCAACAGCAGUGAAAGUCUUCAUCAUCGUUGUCAGUUUAGUUUUGGGUCUCCUGAUCCUGGCUGCUCUCAUCUGGUGUCUGUGGAAGGCUGGCUUCUUCAAGCGGGAGUUCCAGAAGAAGAAGGAGGAGGAGGAGUUCAAGAGAGACAGCUGGGACUAUGUUCCUAAAAACGAUAAAAGAGAGAGCACUUCAUAACCCUGACUGUCACCCCUGGCCACGACCUUUGACCUCUAACCAUAGGACAGAGGAGUUCACAUUGUGACUGCGUAACAGUUUUAAUGAGACAUGUGUGCUGACGGAUGGAUGGAGUGCUGUGUAUGAAAAUAUGGCAACCCAAUUUGUCCAAAACAGUAGAACAGUACUGCUGUUGAACGUCAUCGUCCAAUGAAAUCCGUCCAAACUGAGUCAGCUGAUCAGACUCAUUACAAGUCAGCUGGCUUCAAGACAGACGUUACUUGAGUGUGACGGAUGACAAAAUGUCUCAAGUGAACGCCUCCUGAACACACCUGAACCUGACCGUGACCUUUUAAAUUAUUUUGCCGGAUGUGCCUUCACAACCACAGGCGAGUUCAAAGACUUGAAAAAGACUGCAGCGAUGGAUGGAUGGAAUACUAAAAAGGGAAGUGAACCUGAAACAACCAAUUAGAAGGCCUUGGAGCUUCCUGGAAUGUGGCAUCACCUGUGACAGUUAUCGAUGACCGCCAUUUCUACUCUUUUAAGAGGAAAGGAAGUGACUUUCUGAUGACUUUCGAUCUCAGGGGAUGGAAACCUUGGCCUCUGAUUGGCUAAUCACUCUGUGGAAAACCUCCCUUUUGUGUGUGUACGUUAUCGUUUAACAUUUUUGUUUAGCUGCUGACAACACUUUAUGCACUGGUGACACACAUACGGAGCAGACACACCGGAUGCUGUCCAGACAGAAGUAGUAGUCAAGUGAUGGCUGCUGGGAUGUGCUGGUACAGGACUUCUACGUGUGUUUUAAUGAAUGCCGAACAACAACGCUGCCUUUCAGCCUGUUUUAACGCUGGGAUUUAUUAUUUGGAGUUUUUGUCCUUCUUAAGGCCCAGCAGAGUGUCCGUUAUCCAGUAAUUACAGAUUUUUUAAAAAGGAAAAUCUGUUGAAGUCCGAGAUAUUUAAAUCUCUCCGGUCAUAAUGUCCAGUGAAAAUAAUUCCCCCUAAGCACAACUUGAAUGGUAUUAAAAUAGGCUAAAAUUAAAUUUCCAUAAAGCCUUUUAUUUAAUUUGAAUUUUUUUGUGUAUAGGCUAUAGGAUAGCCUGUGCAAUGAAUGUUGCUUGUUGCUUCACUCUGAUAAAUUUCACACUCAAUGAAAUUGUAAGCGUGCACUCGGAUUGAAUGCCAUAGCCUGCCUAAUCUUACCUUGCAGGGCAGCUGGAUUGUCGCGAUGUCACGAGAUCAGGCGGGGAUCACAUCUCACAUGAAAAUCCAUCUUGUCGUUUGUGUCCGGAAAGCCAAACCACGGACCAAUCAGCGACAUCAGAUAAUAUUCGAUCGGAAUUUCUCCCAUUUGUCCGGGACAUUGAAAUUUUCCAGAACAUGUGGACCGGCGCCAUUUCUUUCUAAUGGAAACCCUGAGGCCCAUGUCAGUGGAUUUCAUGGCAGAAUUACCUCAUUUCAAUGAAGUCACAUAAUCAAUGGAUUUGCUCUCAGAGGCAAAGUACAUCUGCAGAUUUUUUAUUGCAUCGAUCUUGUGUCGCAGAGACAAAAAUGAGCGCUUCUCUCCCACUUUGCUCCAAGGAACAAAUAUAAUGUGACAUCAAGUAAGGCUUGAAUAGUUGUUGCUGUUUAGACAUACAUUUAAUUUAUAGAGCGCUUUUCAAGAUAGUUAAAGAUGUUGUACAUGACAAAUUAAAUACCGUAAGUAAAAAAAGAAAACUUACGUACCACAGUUUCACUGGAACUGAUUUUAGACCACUUGGUUCAGGUGAGCCUAGGUAUAGUUUCUUGGUCAAGACCUUGGUUUGUAAAAGCUUCAAUGUCACCAAAUUCUUCUAUGAACUGCUCCUGGACUCAGACUAAACUAUCAGUGUGAAAACGCAGUAAAAGAUGCAACUUGUCGGGUAACAGAGCCAGCAGAGCCACAGGGUUGAAUGAUGGAAGACUACUUGAAGAAAUGUUUGAUAUUUUGAAAUAUUCAAAAGCAGUUUUAACUGUCUGUAUUUUGUGAAUGCAGAUAUUUAAAACAGCUGCCACCUUCCAUUCUGUUUAUCUAUUUAGUACAAAUGCACAUCACACAGAGAGAUGUUUUUAAUAUUUUAAUAAAUUAGUUUGUUUUUGUUUAUGUGAAGUUCUGCACUGGAGAGUCUCACUGCUUUUAUCAACACUUUUCUAUUAAAAUUAAGGAUUUUCUAUUUAAACAACAUGUACUUGUAUUUUUUCAUCAUGAUUCUAAAAAGCUGCAAUAUCAAUAAAAAAAAAAGCUUAAAAUAACCAAUAAAAACAGAUCUGUUAUAU